CAAAAUUAAUUAAAUUUUGAAAACAUUAUUUUGAAGCUUUUAAAAAACAUGAAAACGUAUUUCGUCUCUCGUCUUCCUCACCUUUGUCAAGUAAUGGCUUCUUCCUCACCUUCCUCAAUCAACUGAGCUUCACCUUCCUCAAUCAACAGAGCCCAGGCGAUUUCUAUUAUUAAGAUUGAUUGGCUUGGUGGAUUGGUGACUUUGAGUGUUUCAGAUAGUUGGCUUGGUGACUUUGAGGACUCUCUGAGAUUUUAGCUAAGCUCAGUGUAUUCUUAAUUCACAGGAGAAUUGAUGAUCUAAGCUUGGAAAUUUCAAUUUUAGAUCAAAGACCUCUUUGGCCCUGAUCCCUUUGCUUUGCUCAAGGUCUUACCUAGAUGGCAGGCGUUGAUAAUGAAGUUCUUAUUAUUGAGAAAAAUGAUGAGGCUUCUGUUUGGACUCAAAAGUAUGAAGAAAUUUUCAUUGAACUUAUGGAAGAAGAAGUCUUAAAGGGAAAUAAGAAUACCACAACCUUUACCAAGUAAUCAUGGACAUAUAUAAAGGAGGAGCUUUGUGGACGAGCAUAAAGAAAUUAUAGUGAUAUGCAACUAAGGAACAAAUACAAUCAACUAAAGCAAAAGCAUAAGGAUUUUAAGUCUUUACUGAAAGAGACUGGUAUAGGAUACAAUGCAGUGACUGGAGAAGUUAGUGCGACACAUGAAGUUUGGGAUAAACUUAUUCGGGUUUACAAGUCUGCUAAAAGAUUUAGAAAGAAAGGUUGUAAGUUUUAUGAUAAAUUAUGCACUAUCUUUGGUGGUACUACUGCAACUGGUUCCAAUGCUCAUCCUUCAACUCGAAGUCCUUCUAAUGAUGAUGAUGCAACGUCGAUAAGUCCUUCUACUAUGAAUGAAGAAAGUGGUUUUGAUGAGGAUGGUAACAAAAGAAGAGGUAAAUCAAUAGCCACUUCAAACUCUCGAUUAGUAAAAAGAGCAAAGUUCUCAUCAGCUUUGGCAGAUGCACUGACAACAUAUAAUGAAACUGCAAAGCGAAAGACAGAAUUGAUAGAGAUAUCAAUGGCAACAUCUGCAUCACAUUACUUAUUGGAUGAGAGUGUUGAAGCUCUUAAUCAAAUUGAUGGAAUUAGUGGAGAAGUAUACGCAAAAGCUAUUGAGAAGUUUGAGAACGAGGUGUCCAGAGCAUUGUUUCUAAAGAUGCCAGAGCAUAGAAGAAUAGAUUGGUUGCUGAAUUUGAAGUGAAAAAGUUUAGAAUUUGUUUAGCUAUGAACAAGAUGACUUUAUUUAGCUAUUAACUUUGGUUUUGUUUAGCUUUUGACUGGAUGACUUUGUUAAGCUAUUGACUGGAUGACUUUAUUAGCUAUUGACUGGAUGACUUUGUUUAGCUAUUGACUGGAUGACUUAUUAGAUAUUGACUGGAUGACUUUGUUUAGCUAUUGACUGGAUGACUUGUUUUGCCUA